CUUGUUUUUUUGACACGGAAGAGCAAUGUAAAAUUGUUUCAAAAUAAAAAGUUAAAUGCCUGGUGAGUGUUAGCCCUGCUCCUGGCUGACAGUUGGUGACCUACAGAAUUCUUGGAUAAGCUCCUGAGGAACCCCACUUGACUGUGUGCGAGGAGCCUCCUUUAUGCUCCUUCUGUCCCUGGGCUCCUUGCAGCACUUUAAUGACUAUCUAUGCUUCGGCCCUGCUGGCCCCAGAGGUCCCUGAGAGCGUCUGGGUCAUGGCCGGGUAGUUUCUCAAAAUACAUUGACAGCACCUCAACAAGAAAGGUGUAUUUAGAGUACAAUUCAAGCCUACUUCUUUAUGAGGGGUUCAAUCAAAGAAAUUGUUAAGACUGGCUAUUGGAGCUGCACCAGGCUGAGUGGGGGCCAUGGACAGCCUGUCACUGUUGCAGAGAGCACCCUGAAGGUCUUGGAGGGGACAAAUGCCAUUCAGGGCCGAGAUGAGGAACUAAUCUCUGAGACAUAACCUUGCAGAAAAGGCCUCUCCAGAGCAGAAAAACUGCCUUCACAUGUUUUACGUCGUUGCUGUACUCAUGUGUUUGUGGAGGGUGAGGAUCACCUUGCGAGAGGUGUGGGGUCCUGAGACCCCAGAGGCACAAGGAUCAGAAUGUUGCGAAUGCCGGAGGUUAUUAUGAAUAAUACCAUAGGGAGGGUGGACAUUCAAGAUGUUAGGAGGGAUUUGCCAGGAAUAAACUUUACUUCUGUUUUCUGCUGAGGUGAAGUUACAGAAUGAGGUCUUUCAAGGUACCAAGAUGCCAAUCCUUCAGGAUGAGGGGCUAGGGCACUUAUGUCUCAGCAUUGGAGCGUCCUGGGUCCCUGUCCCUCCUCCUGCAUCAGGAGAUAUGGGUAGUGCGCCCCCUGGGGGUGACUGGAGGCAUGCACCGGGGCAGUAAGGGAUUUUUAGCUCAGGAACUGGUCUGAGGGCUUCAGGAUGCAGGAGGGAAGGGAGGGGCCUCCUCCUCGCCUUGGGCUGGGAGAGGCCUGCCUGGGAGUGCCUUGCCCGGAAGGGAGGGCAAAGGGCCAUGUCUUUCCUUUGCCCCACCCCAUGACAGUCUCACUCAGUCACCGGGCCACCCUCUCUGUCCGGGACCCAGAGGCAUCAGGGCUAAGGCCAGAGCAGAAGGACCCAGAGUGGGACGCCUCAUUCAGUACACCCAGAUCACGACCUCUCCUCCGUCACCCUACAACAGAGCUCAGAAUCCCAGUGGCUGGAGCACUGGGGGACACCCAGACAGAGCCCUCCCUGGAUCAAGUCCUCCAGGAGCGGGAUGAAGCCAUUGCCAAGAAACGUGCAGUGGAGGCUGAGCUGCACACCUGCAAAGCCAAGCUGCGUGCUGUGGAGGCCCAGCUGCUGGAGGUCCUGGAGGAAAAGCUGAGGCUGAGACAGGAGGUGGAAGCUUGGGAGGUAGAGUGGGAACACCAGCUGGGCCUGGGGGUGUGGAGAGAAGGGCACAGGGUUGGUCCUAAACCCACGUUCCUGCCUCCAGGAGGACAUGCAGCAGCUGGUGAGGCAGCAGGUCCAGAGUCAGCUGGAGAGAGAGUCCAGGGCUGCUCUGGGAGCCCACAUGGACCGCAAUGCUGAAAGGCCCCCC